AUGCAAAGAACCUUGGUACUGAUAAAACCUGAUGCCGUGCAGCGUGGGCUGAGCGGCGAGAUUAUCGCACGACUGGAGCGGCGCGGGCUGAAGCUUGUCGGAAUGAAGAUGCUUCAUGUCACACGCGAACUCGCGCACAGGCACUAUGGCGCGCAUGUGGACAAGCCGUUCUUCGAGGGACUGGUUCAGUUCAUCACAUCGUCUCCGCUAAUUGCGAUAGCGGUUGAAGGGGAGAGCGCCGUGGAUGUGGUGCGACAACGAUGGGCGCGACCAACCCUGUGGAAGCAACGCCCGGCACAAUACGUGGCGACUUCGGCCUGA